UAAAUUAUUUGUAAAGAUGUUAUAAAAGCUAUUUAUAUUGAUUAUCACAUAUUACAGGAACUUUUAUAUCAUAAUAAGUACGAAUAUACAGCGUUAAAGCGCAUUUUAAUUGUUUCUAUCGCAAUGCGAUAGUAUACGUAAUAUAUAAUGUGCUCACAAAAUUUGUCGGUAAAAUCUGUAGGUAUUUGACAAAAGCACGCCAUGGAAUAAUUAGUGCGUUGCUCAUAUGCCUGCGCAUAGACCUUGAACUUAUUCAUGCUAAUUUCUUACGAUUUAUACGUAGCUGCGUUAAUGCGAUAACGUCUCAUGCGUUAGCUGAGUGACGAUUGCAAUUGGUUGUUUGGUGAUUAUAGAAUUGGAAAAGUAGGUCAAGCUCAUAUAUCUUGAAAAUAGGUUCUUGAUUAUACUGAAAGUGCAUAACCUUUGGCUACUGUUUCCACUUUAAAGUAAAAUUUUAAAUCGAUGUAAUAUUUACUGUAGCGAGCAGCUCUUUGCAUAUAAAUAAAGCAACCAAAUUGUUAUUUAUUGCUCAUUAAUUCAACUGUAUCGUUAGUGUAUUUGAAUUUAAUGCGUUGUAGGUGUCAGUCAAAAGGAUUUAAAAGAAUAUAUUUUAGUAAAUUGCACAGUAUCGUGCACAGAAGAAAUCAGUAAUUUAUUCAGCAAUUUCAAUGUUCAAACUCAUCAGAAACAGAACGCUGCAGGAAUUGUGAUUUAUUCAAAGUUACGUAAAUGGAACUUUUAAUAAAAUAUGAUUGCUGAUCUUAUCAAGUAUGUUGUUGAGUUGAUAUAGCAUAUAGCGUUGCGCUUCUUUAUUAAUGCCAGCACUUGUCAGCCAAUCACGGGCUUAAUCGCGCGCUGACCUUACACCUUACAGUUUUCGUGAAACAUGCAAGAUCGGCCACGACAGUUCGAUCAGUAUAUUUCGAUCGCCGGACGAGCAUUCCGGUAAAUUGCCUUGUAAAUCACGGCACGUCUUGCACGCGUCUUGUUAAAUUUAUGAAUCACACGCGAGCUUUCGUGAUCGACGAUCGAUGGGGAGGUUUCCCCGUCGAAACAAAAGGCGACGCGAUAGCUGUAAAAUCGUCACGACAAUCCGACACCCGCCUUCCUGCUGCUGUAGAUGUUGCAAGGCGAGGCGCGAUGCACUUGGCGUGCGAGCGGACACGUUUCUACGACUGUCUGCCUAUAAAAUACUGGCAACAAGGCGAUAAAUUUUCGGUCGCUUUCGUGCAAGAGCAGCCGGAUGCGCCUCCUUUGUAACUUGCGUAGUUAACAUUUAGAACUCGAUAAAGGCUCUCGAGUUUCAAAGAAAUGUAACGUCGUGAUGUCGAGCACAUGAUAACGGAAGAACUAAGCUAAAUAAUUAAAUGAGAACUGCGUGAGAAAGCCUUAAUAAUAAAUCUUAUUCUACAGGAAUAAUGCUGCUAAAUUCUUACACUUACAUUUUUUAUGUUUCCUCAUUUACUUUUAAACGUCACUAAAGAAAAUAAAUAAAAAUAUAAUUAUAUACUUUUAUACUUGUAUUAAUGUUGUUAAAUAUAUCGUGCGAUACAUAUUUUGUGAUAAAUGGGCGAUGAUGAUAUUAAAUUUUCUUGCGAUAGGUUGCUCCUGUUUAGAAGCAAUUAUACAAAUAAUGGAAAAACAUUAAUUCAAAAUUAUCGUUUUUGUAUCGCAAAAAUAACUUAGUUUCGCUGUUUCUUUCUUAAAAACUAUUUUUUAAAAAGUUUUUAUAUAUUACCUAUUCUUUCCUCUGUUUUUAAGUUUGUAACAAAUAGUUCAUAAACAUAAAGAUGAUUACUGCAAUUAUUAAAUAAGAAUUAUUGAAGUUAUUAAAAACGAUAAUUAUCCGAUAAUCUUUCUUUCAUGAUUGCAAUAAUUUUUAUUUGUUCUCAAUUGUUUGCUGCAAACUAAGAAACAGAGACAUAAAAAAUAAAAGAGAACUUUCAAGAAAUUAUUUUUUAUGGAAAGAAAUGUAUGGGUGAAUAAAAUGAACAAAACAAUUUGCUUUUUGUACAGUGGUUUCUAAAAAAUAUUAAUUAAUAAAUAAGUUUUUAUUAUCUUGUAUGAGCGAUAAAGAUCCAAGCGAAUAUUUGAUUUAGUGCAUGUAUAAGGUCGAUUAAAAUAAUUGCGGGGUUUUCAGAUGAGGCAUGUAACCCAUAUUCGACGGCAGCGUGAGACCAACUUUUUACUUCAAUAAUCUCGUGAUUGCAAUAUAUAUAUGCUAUAAAAAAACUCAGCGAACAUUCCCGUAAUUUUCUUCGAAUAGACGGGAGAAACUUAAACAGAUCGUUGAUAUGGCUGCAGUAAUUACAAAAGUUUGUCUCAGAUCAGACAUGUAACUUUAUAAAAAAUAAAAGUUAGUGUUAUAAUCAGAUUUAUGCAUAGUUCAAUCAUAUAAUUGUGUAGAAAUUUUUAAAUGUUGCUAUUAGUAUAUAAGAAUUUAUAUUGAGAAUAGAUAUAUAAAUAAAUGAUAACGAUGCAAAGUAGAAUGCUUCAUGAAUUUCCGAGUGAUACCCUGAAAAGGAGUCAGAUUGUAUGUGUUAGAUUUAUAAAUUGUGCUGGUAAUGCUCAGCAAUGGCUCAGUAAUAGAACAUCUAGCCGCGUCUUUCGAGGCGAUCGAAGUUCAGCCGGCUAGCUUCGUAUUCAGAUCUUAAGAAAGGUGGUAAAGGUAGCCACCCUAUGGCAGAGCAUUUUCUGCUUCAGUAGUGGCAGCACGUAGGAGGUAGUGGGGGUGCCUCGAAGGCUUAAAAGGCCUUCCAACGUCCUUGUAACACGCAGUCUUGGAAUCAAACAUACUAGUAUUCCGCGUAAGUAGAUCGAAAGUGCGAAGAAUAAUCUCGCCUAACUUUUCCGUCACGGGUUCCGUCAGACUUUCAUCGGAGUGAUCUGGUGUAUCCGAGAUUAAUCCGUUAAGAAGAUAAGAGGAAUAGUUUGGGGUGAAAGUAUCGAAGUGAAGAAAUUAAAAAUCUAAUCAGGAAAGGAAGUGAUUUUUUUCCCUCGCAAGUUAUCUCUUUGAUAGAGCUUGGAUUCGUGAUUUGUGUCCACAAGUGGUAAUAAUUAAAUAUUGUUUGCGUAACAAUUGAGAGAUCAUGAGAGGCGGAAUGGGUCUUCGAAUAAUUAUAUCCAUCCUAUUGGUCAUAUCAAUCUUUUCGCCGCCGAUGUCCGCUGCCCUCACAACUUUUGGGAAGAGCAAUCCACAGAAUCAAAACCCGAAUCCACCGCCGCCGCCUACACCAACUGGUAAAGCUCGCGAGUGUAGGAUGGAAAGUGACUGUGCUGGAAUUCAAAAUACAACGUGCAUGUCGGACCCCCGGGAUGGAAGAACUCGAUGUCUCUGCGGUGAUUACUCGGCACCACUUAAUGGUGCCUGCGCUAACAAAUUCAAAGCACUACGUGCAACCUGCAAUUCUGACGUAGAGUGCAUAGAAGAUGCUCACUGUGUGCAGCGAAACGGAUCCAUUUGCCAGGAAUAA